UCUUGCAUGCAGCAGCAGCAGCAGUCUGCUGCUACAGGAGGACCAGAAAUCUGCAGCUCACAGAAUGAAGAGAUCAAAAUGAUGCUGCCUCCGAAGGGGGAUUAAACGUAAGCAAUCUGUCGUCGGUUUGGGGCUAAAUCCGCCGCUCAUCUCUGCGCCGUUCCUCCCGCGCAGAUAUUUGCAUGAUAACUGCAAAUAUCCGGGGUGGGGAGGGGAGGUUAAGGUUUGCAUCGGCGUGUCUGCAUGCGAGCUAAUGACAGAUGCAUCGUGCUCACUUUCUCUGACAAUUGCAGCGGAUGCAGGGAGGCCUUUGAUGCGAUCUGUUGUUUGUGUUUAGUCCGGGCUGGGCGCCACCUCGCUGGGGUCUGCCGCCGGGGCGCAGGGGAACAGAUUCUGGGAGUGGGGGGGAGCUCCGAGGGAGACAUGAGGUCGCUGAGCAUCCGUCGCGACGCCUGACCCGAUCAUGAUGAAGACCGAAUCCACAUCCAAGAGCACCGGCUCCACGCUCAGGAGCCCGUCGCCGCACAGGAACGCGUACGAGGCGGGGAUGCAGGCCCUGAAGCCGGUCAAAGACGGCGCGUCCAACGGGGACGUGCAGGAGGGCCCCCGGGGCCGCAGGUACGGCUCCAACGUGCACCGCAUCAAGAACAUGUUCCAGCAGAUGCAGACCACGACCGGGGGGGACGCGGAGGCGGACGACGGCGCCAGGACGGUGCGGCUGUCCCUGCCCAGAGCCGGCAGCCUGAACGAAAACGUGGACCACAGCGCGCUCCUCAAGCUCGGCUCCACCGUGUCCGAGCGCGUCAGCAAGUUCGACCCCAAAGCCGAGAACGGGCACCAGCGGGCCUCCUCGCCCAGCUACUCCAAGCUGCAGGAGACGCGCCGCAUCUUCGAGCAGCAGCAGCAGCAGGAGAAGCAGGAGAGGAUGGAGAAGCUGAGCACCACCAGGGUGCUGCUGAAGACCGACAAGGUCCCCGGCUUCCAGGACGGCAGGCUGGACAUGGUGUCUCGCUUCAACGGCAGCACGGAGUCCCUGGACAGCUUGGACACCAGCGAGGCCGUGUCCCCCACGGUGAGCCAGCUCAGCGCCGUGUUUGAGAGGGCCGCUGAGCUCCGGAACAACCUUCACCGGCUGUCCUCCACGCCCCCGCUCCCCACCAGGGGGGUCAGCGCCAAGGUGGGGGUGUUGAACUCAAAGAUAAUCACCAAGAGGGUCAGUGCCUUUGCGUCAGGCCACCAAGAGGAAGAGACGAGCAAUCAAAAGGGGAGAGAGGGGCCUCCCAGGGGCCUUAGAGGGAGGGUCACCCCCCCAUCCGAAGGGUUAAAUGGAGGCAAGAGUGCCGGCAAGUGCCCCCCGACUACUGAACAUUCAAGCAACGCAGGAGAACCCACCGAACAGAGAGAAAAAACAGUCGUAGAUGUUGGUGUGGAGGCCAAAGAGAUUGUCCAACAUGAAAACCUACCUAGGGCCAAGGGGCCAAACAGCACAACCCUGCAGGGCGACCCCCACGGGUCUGUGGAGAACGGAGAAGCCGGCGCAGAGGAGGAAAGUUCCCCAAAAACCGACCAGAAGCUCACACAGGAGGAGGAGAAGGAGGGCGAGGAGGACAGGACUCAGAGGGACGGCAAGUCGGACUAUGACCUCGCAAACAUCAGCACCUGCAGCACCAUGGGGGACGAUUAUGGAGAAAGUCAGAAGGAUGAAGAGGAGGAGGAGGAGGAGGAGGAGGAGGAGGCCGAUGAGCCCUACGAGCCUGAGUCCAGCUGCUUGGAGAUUCCCGGGCUGGCUGUGGAGGAGGACCCGCCCCCUUCCAGGAAGAUCCGUUUCAGCACAGAGCCAAUCAAGGUUUUUGCCACCUACCCAAACGAGGACUACGACAGGCGCAAUGAAGACGUGGACCCCAUGGCAGCGUCGGCAGAGUACGAGCUGGAGAAGAGGGUGGAGAGGCUGGACCUGUUUCCUGUGGAACUGGAGAAAGACGGAGACGGCUUGGGCAUCAGUAUUAUUGGGAUGGGCGCAGGGGCUGACAUGGGCCUGGAGAAACUGGGGAUCUUCGUGAAGACCGUGACAGAUGGAGGAGCAGCGCACAGGGACGGCAGGAUCCAGGUGAACGAUCUGAUCGUGGAGGUGGACGGGACCAGCUUGGUGGGAGUCACCCAAAGCUUUGCCGCCUCCGUACUCAGGAACACCUCAGGAACUGUCAAGUUUGUGAUUGGGCGAGAGAAGCCGGGCGAGCAGAGCGAAGUGGCCCAACUCAUUCAGCAGACCCUGGAGCAGGAGCGCUGGCAGAGGGAGAUGAUGGAGCAGCGCUACAACCAAUACAUGGACGAACAAGAGGGCGGCGAAUACGGCACGGAUGAGGAAGAGGAUGACGACGAGGAGGCCAGCCCGCCGUAUCCCAGCGCCAUCGAGGUGUUCGACUUGGCGGAGAACGAGGACAUGUCGCCUCUGGAGACGGACCCCGAGAAACUCGCCCACAAAUAUAAAGAGCUGCAGAUAAAGCAUGCUGUGACCCAGGCGGAGAUCCAGCAGCUCAAGAGAAAGCUGCACCAUGCGGAGCAGGAGAAGCAGCGCUGGCGUAUGGACAAGGCCCAGCUGGAGCAGACUCUGCAGGACAACAAAGAGCGAAUGGAGAAGCUGGAGGGCUACUGGAUGGAGGCUCAGAGCCUGUGCCAGGCCGUGGAUGAGCACCUGAAGGAGACGCAGGCCCAGUAUCAGGCCCUGGAGCGCAAAUACAGCAAAGCCAAGCGGCUGAUCAAGGAAUAUCAGCAGAAGGAGAUCGAGUACCUAAAAAAGGAGACGGAGCGUUGCGCGCAGGUCGGAGCCGAGGCGUCUCUCCUGAAAGAGGAGUCGGGGCAGCUUCAGGAGCAGGUGGCUGACCUGGAGGUUAGGGUGGAGGAGCUUAAAUCUGAUCCCUUGUAAAAGCCUUUUUUCCCCCACACUCCAUGAUGAACUCUACCUGACGAUAUGAACUGCAGGGUAUCUUUUGUCUCCAACGUGAGCCUGGUCCCACACUCUUGUGUCCUCAGGCCUUGUGUUUUUGGCCAUUUAACCUUUUUAACCGUGUUUUUUUUUUGUUAAUGUUUAUUGAAACGAUAAAUUGCCACAAACAGACUCUGUCGAGCUCUAAAUGUACCUUUCCUUUGUUUUAAUUUCAGUAUUUCUUCCCCCCUCAUUUUACUUUUACUUGCCAAAAACGAAACCCUUUUCUUUGGUUUAUCCGGUUUUGUGACCAUUUAUUUUUCUUUUUUUCCAGUUUUUGUACAGAUGUGACAGCGUGUUUUCAGUUUGGUUUGUAAAAAAAUUUGAAUGUGGAUAACAUUUAACAUAAUAUAAGCCGAGAUCGGAGGGUUGUUGUAUAUUUUACGUGAUAAGGACGUGGGAAAAAGAAAAGGAAUAAUAAAAAAAAAAAAAGACAGGAGAUUGCACUGAAAAGGGACAGCACGGCGUGGUGAAGAGAACGGGAACAGAUGGGACGGGAUUUCGUAGUAACAGUAACCUCCUUUUUAAGGGUCUCGUUACCUAACCUUGCUGCCUACCUUCCAGAAGUGUUUGUGUAUUUUCUACACACUGAAAACCCACCGACAAGCAUUCAUUCCUCUGGUUUCAUCCCUCGAGUCUCCAGAAACAAUGGACCACAAGAAUCAAACCUGCAACCUCUGUACCACAAGGAACAACGGAUCCGUUUUUUCCCCCCACCUCCCCUUUCAAAUGGCUGUUGUCAAGGACAUGUGUAACAGGAACUACAGGACUCCCCGACACACCAACCUUUACUGGACUGGGGAAAAACGUCGGGUCCUCUUUUUCAAAGCCGUUACCAGCAGCGAAAGUUUUCGUCUCGAGCCAGCAGCUGCACUUGACACCGCCGCGUGUAGCCCGCGGGGAAAAAAAAACGAAACAAAAACACAAACAACACACUGCCAGGUUUCUUACCUGUUUCGGUUUAUGCACAGUUUAAAAAGCAAGUCACCUGUCAUCGCAGUAUGUUUGUAUAGUUCAGGUCUGACUUCGAUAUUUUCAAUUUGCGUAAUAUUUAUAAUGUAGUCAAGGAAAAAAAAACACAAAAAAACAAAAAGCAAAGUAAAAAGGUAAUCGAAUAGACAAAGCUGUACUGCGUCAUGUUAAAAACAAGUAGUAGAUCAGGGUGGUUAUUGAAACAAACUCUUAGGAUUACUUAAUGAAAAAAAAAAACAGGCAUGGUUAUGACUAUUUUCAUAAUUAUUAAGGCUUGUACAGUGCACACGCUUUGCAUUGUAUGUUUUGUGGAAUAAAUGGUCAACAGUG